CUCUUCUCCGCUCUCCCGCCGCACCACCACUUCUCCUUCCUUCCCCCUCCCCCAUGGAUCAUCACUCUCCCAACAAACGCCUCCGAGUCGACUCCCUCGACUCCGAAUCCGACUCUCCCGAAGUCAAACGUCUCCGUGACGACCUCCUCGGCCUUCUCGAUGACUCCGACCCCGACCCCACUGUCCAAGAUCUCGAUUCCCUUAUCCAGAGUUUCGCCGACGAGAUCUCCCCCGUCUCCUCUCCCCCGCCCCCUCCGGCCGCCCCCUCCGAGCUCGGUUACCUACUCCUGGCCUCCGAUGACGAACUCGGUCUCCCACCCUCCCACGCCUCCACCAGCCACGGCGGCCAAACGGAGGUGGUUGAACUCGCGCGGGAGUCCUCGGACUCGUCUGGGAUUGGACAGAUUUGGGGAUUUGAAGAUGCGGUACCGAGUUAUGAGACGCUGGAGUUGGUGGGGGAUGGAGAGAGAUUUUAUAACGAAAUGGAAUAUGUGGCGUUUGAUGGACUGUUUGAACAUUCCGAUGUGUACUCUGUUUUUUCGUGACGGCGAUGGAAGGUCCGCCAUUGGCGAAUUAGGACGAAAGAUGAAGAGAGAUAAAAGAAAAAUUACUUUUUUUUUUAAUCUCUUAAAUGAAUAUAAAAUUACAACCCCCAUUUGUAAAUUUUUUUUUUCUCAAUUAGUUCCAUCACAGGAAAAGAAAAAGAAAAGAAAAGUAGGAGUAGUUGAUUUUAAAAAGGACUACAUUAAUUAAUUAUUAUUAUUAUUAUUACAAUUCAAAACUAUUUAUUAAUCAUUGUCAAAAGAUAAUUUAGGGUUGGACUCAGGCUGUGGUUCUGAAUUUUGAUGUCCCCAUUUUUUCAAUUAUAAAAUUAUACUAUAUGGGAGGCAUUCUCAUUGAAAAUCUUAGUACAAUUAAUUGGUUAAAUUAUAGAUAUGACAUUACAGUUUUUAGA